CUCCCCUCAGUGGGCGCCCACCCUACAGUGAUGCCGACUGCAGUGUGUAUAAUAGCGGCGAGGGCAGUUCGGGGAGUCUAGGAGGAGCUGCCGCAAGGUCGACAACAGCAUCCCGCCCUGAUCUACACCAGAGCACAGCCGACAGCGGUCCAGCAGACAGCGGUCCAGCAGAGCGCAACCACCAGCUGUUAGCGGGGACUUUAGGACCGACUCCCGCGUUAAGCGGAAACAAAGACGAGAGUGAUCGAAACUUUCCUGCCUCUACAGCCUCAUGCUCCGUGGCAGCUAGCGUGCCAUAGUUGCCGCUCUUUUAUGUUCAAGCACAGCACCGUCUUGACUGGAAAUAGGAAGCUGGUUGGUGCGACGUUUAGAUCUUCCUCCUCUAGAUAGCCGCCAUAACGCCUUUAUUAUACGGUUUUUACGCGCACUCGGUGUGCCAUGUCAGCACCAUCCUCCACGCCUCCCUCCACGACUGAGGGGGAUUUACUAGCCCCUGAUGCGGGGCCGAAGCCCGCUGGUCCAACACCCAGCCAGAGCCGAUUUCAAGUGGAUCUUGUGGCAGAGGCAGCUGGAGCAACAGAGGAAAAAUCUCCGAGCUCAGAUACUAGUACCGUCCCAUCCAGCGAUAAGGCCAGUGCUGGGGGUCUCGCCGAAACUGAUUCGGGGCCCGUGGGAGAGGAAGCCAAAGGCCGCUUUCGGGUGGUAAACUUCGCGGACCCGAGUGGGGCCAGCGGGGCGGCCUCUCCCGAGGGUGAUGGGGUCCAAAAUGGGGACACGGUGAUGAGCGAGACAAGCCUGCACUCAUCCACCGGUGGACAGCAUCACUACCACUACGACACCCACACUAACACCUAUUACCUGAGGACUUUCGGCCACAACACUAUCGACGCAGUUCCAAACAUCGACUUCUACCGACAGACGGCAGCGCCCCUCGGGGAGAAGCUGAUCCGACCCACCCUAUCCGAGCUACAUGACGAGCUGGACAAGGAGCCAUUUGAGGAUGGAUUUGCCAACGGUGAUGAGCUCACUCCUGCUGAAGAGGCUGCUGCAAAGGAGGCUGCAGAGUCCAAAGGGGUGGUCAAGUUCGGCUGGAUAAAGGGCGUCCUGGUUCGCUGUAUGCUUAACAUCUGGGGUGUGAUGUUGUUCAUCCGAAUGUCAUGGAUUGUGGGACAAGCUGGAAUUGCUCUUUCCUGUGUGAUUGUUUGCAUGGCCACUGUUGUGACCACCAUCACUGGCCUGUCCACAUCUGCCAUUGCCACCAAUGGAUUUGUGCGAGGAGGUGGAGCAUACUAUCUUAUAUCAAGAAGUUUGGGUCCAGAGUUUGGUGGAUCUAUAGGUCUAAUCUUUGCCUUUGCCAAUGCUGUGGCUGUAGCCAUGUAUGUGGUAGGCUUUGCUGAAACUGUUGUAGAACUUCUUGCUGGUGCAGAUGCUAUCAUGACAGAUGAAAUCAAUGAUAUUCGAAUAAUUGGCACAAUCACAGUCAUUCUUCUGCUGGGAAUUUCAGUGGCAGGCAUGGAGUGGGAGGCCAAGGCCCAGAUCUUCCUGCUUGUGGUUCUCAUCACAGCUAUAGUAAAUUACUUCAUUGGAACCUUCAUUGCUGUCAAAGCUAAGGAAACUUUUGGCUUCUUUGGCUACGAUGGUUCAAUAAUGUGGGAAAACAUGGGCCCAGAUUUUAGAGGGGAAACCUUCUUCUCCGUCUUUGCCAUUUUCUUUCCAGCAGCCACGGGUAUAUUGGCUGGAGCAAAUAUUUCGGGGGAUCUUGCUGAUCCACAGUUGGCUAUUCCCAGAGGAACACUUCUUGCCAUUUUGAUCACUGGAAUUGUCUACUUGGGUGUUGCAGUCUCCACUGGGUCCUGCAUUGUGAGAGAUGCAAGUGGAAGUAUAAAUGACACCAUCAGCUCUCGGUUCAUGGCAAACUGCACUGAUGCUGCUUGUAAAUUUGGCUUUGACUUCUCCAGCUGUAAAAGCUCUGCCACAGACUGUCGCUAUGGUCUUCACCAUGAUUUCCAGGUUAUGAGUUUGGUCUCUGGUUUUGGACCUAUCAUCACUGCUGGGAUCUUCUCUGCUACUCUCUCCUCUGCUCUGGCCUCUUUGGUCAGUGCUCCUAAGGUUUUUCAGGCGCUGUGUAAGGACAACAUCUAUCCAGGCCUGGGUAUGUUUGCCAAAGGUUAUGGCAAGAACAAUGAGCCUCUUAGAGGUUAUAUCUUAACCUUUGGCAUUGCUUUGGCUUUUAUCCUCAUCGCUGAACUGAAUGUGAUUGCCCCAAUCAUUUCCAACUUUUUCCUGGCGUCCUAUGCCUUGAUCAAUUUUUCGGUGUUUCAUGCCUCAUUGGCCAACUCACCAGGUUGGCGGCCAAGCUUCAAAUACUACAACAUGUGGGUGUCCCUGGCUGGAGCAGUCCUGUGCUGUGUGGUCAUGUUUGUCAUCAACUGGUGGGCUGCUCUCCUCACCAAUGUCAUUGUUCUGGGUCUUUACAUCUACGUUAGCCACAAGAAGCCAGAUGUGAACUGGGGCUCAUCCACCCAGGCUCUGACCUAUCAACAGGCUCUAACCCACACACUGCAUCUGAGCGGAGUCGAAGACCACGUCAAGAACUUCAGACCCCAGUGUUUGGUGAUGACUGGUUACCCCAACUCUCGUCCAGCACUUCUCGAUCUGGUCCAGAAUUUUACCAAAAAUGUUGGGUUGAUGAUUUGUGGCCAUGUUCGUACAGGCUACAGAAGGCCUAACUUCAAAGAUAUGGCUACAGAGCAGGCUCGUUAUCAGCGCUGGCUGCUCAAGAAUGAGACAAAAGGCUUCUACACCUCAGUGUUUGCUGAGGACAUCAGACAGGGAGCACAGUAUCUGCUGCAGGCUGCAGGUCUGGGUCGUCUCAAACCUAACACUCUUGUGCUUGGCUUUAAAAAUGACUGGCGAGAUGGUGACAUGAUGAAUGUGGAGACUUAUAUCAGUAUGAUUCACGAUGCCUUUGACUUCCAGUACGGAGCUGUUAUUUUACGUCUUCAGGAAGGAUUGGAUGUCUCGCAUAUUCAAGGACAAGAUGAGCUGCUUUCCUCCCAAGAGAAGUCUUCGGGGACCAAAGAUGUGAUCGUGUCCAUAGACACCAGCAAAGACUCAGAUGCUGAUUCGUCAAAGCCAUCCUCUAAGACGACCAGCCUCCAGAACAGUCCAGCCAUCCCCAAAGAUGACGAAGAUGAUGGCAAAGCACCAACUCAGCCACUGUUGAAAAAAGACAAGAAGAGCCCAACUAUGCCGCUGAACGUGGUUGACCAGAGACUGCUGGAGGCCAGUCAGAUGUUCCAAAGGAAACAGGGCAAAGGUACCGUGGACGUGUGGUGGCUCUUCGAUGAUGGAGGUCUUACUUUGCUGAUUCCCUAUCUGCUCACGAAUAAGAAGAGAUGGAAGGACUGUAAAAUUCGUGUCUUUAUUGGGGGCAAAAUUAACCGCAUUGACCACGACCGCAGAGCAAUGGCCACUUUGUUGAGCAAGUUCAGGAUAGACUUCUCUGACAUCACUGUGCUGGGGGACAUCAAUGUGAAGCCCAAGAAAGAACACGUUACUGCGUUUGAGGAAAUGAUUGAGCCUUAUCGGCUGAAAGAGGACGACAUGGAGCAGGAUGCUGCGGAAAGGCUGAAGAACAGCGAGCCCUGGAGAAUCACUGACAAUGAGCUGGAGCUGUAUCGUGCAAAGACUAAUCGCCAGAUCAGACUGAAUGAGCUGCUAAAGGAGCACUCCAGUACAGCCAACCUCAUUGUCAUGAGCCUGCCACUGGCUAGGAAGGGUGCUGUGUCGAGUGCUCUGUACAUGGCCUGGUUAGAGGCACUGUCCAAGGAUCUGCCUCCAAUAUUGCUUGUGCGUGGCAACCACCAGAGCGUCCUCACCUUCUACUCAUAAAGACACCGGAGAAGCCACACCUGACCCACGCACAAGUCCCAGUUACAGUUCAAACCCAAAGGCACACUCCCCUGAGAAGAUAAAAACACAGCCAUGGACAAAAUCACACUGUAUGAAUAAUGAUUAUGAUGCAGUCAGAUUGGCAGAGAUGAGCUGGACCCUCUGUAUGUGAGUGAGGGUCUGAAUUUGUCGCCCGCUCUGUUCCUCUCUAGUUUCUCCGGGCCUGGGUGUUUAAUCUCUAGCUUUAGUUUUAACCUUUUGUUCCACAGAAAUGUUACAUUUGUUAAUUUCUCUCAGGCAGUCCUGCACAUGUUUAUAUUUGUAUUUUCGAUGUCAUCCUUGUCUAAGUGAGUUGGACCAGUUUUUGUUUUUUUGACAAAAGCAAUAAGCACCUACAUGUUUUUAUUUUCACUGUCUCAAAGAGAGGCUGACAGAACGCUUUGCAAAACCUUUUAAAGCCUUAUGGUUGUGCCUUCCACUUGAAUCAGAUAGAAUAAGUGAUCUCUAUAGAUUGACAAUAUUUUAUGUGGGUGGAUAGUACUUUAGUUUUAUUGAGAUUUAAAUGUGAAUUUGUCUAGUUGGUUCGGUGUAUUUAUGUGUGGAUUAUAUGAGUUAAUGAAAAACAAUCCACAUGGUUGACAAAAUGACUUAUUGUCAUUUUUUUUAUUAUUCUUAUUGAACAUUUUUGGGGCAUAGUGUUGUCACUUUGGAGUCUUCCUUUAAGCUGCCGAAUAUUAGCCUCAGUGACUCAGCAAAAGACACAAUCUUAACAUGUGCAUGGAUCUUAGAUUUAAGAUCUAGCUGUUUGUCAGAAAAUAUGUGAAUUUAGUUUUUUUUUCUUGCCUGCUUGGGUGGAAGGAUAAGUUGCCCCAUGUAGCUGCUGACUGAAGUAAAUGAAGUGUUUCCUUAAUUAAAUACUAUGUUGUCACAUGCACAGCUCUUCCCCUUAAGGUGUAACUGUUCUAUCCAGAAGCUUCGUUUGAACUUUGCCUUAAUGCUUGGAGAACGAUUGUCACUGCUUUUUCUAUAAGCCAUACUGGCUGGUCAGCAGAGUCAUAAAUGUAGAUCCAUUAGUUCCAUGUGAAGUUUUGACACAUUUUAUUUUCUUUCCAUCUUAAGCUGCAUUAGUCUGUCCUGUAGGUUAGGUCUGCCCACUGCUGCUCAGUACUCAGCCAAGAGAUGGAACCAGGCCAGCGUCACAGACACAGUGGACUUGAGUUUGCUCUCACUCACCUGGCAGUUUGUUGUCUGAUAUACUGCUGGUGUUGAGGAGAAACUCGACUUAAGAGGAACUAGAAGAAUGGAAAGCAGAAAGUGAGAGAAGUCUCAGUGAAAAUAUACCUCUAUGCAUAUGAGUUGUGUUACACAUAUUGGAAUAAUAACCCAUACUUUCAUGUGACUGUUUUUAUUGGUUCAAUGCUACCUUCUUACAUUCUUUAAAAAUGUUACCUUUUUAUGGAAAAGCCAUCAUCAUUUCACAUUUUUGGUCCGGUGCACGUUGGAUCCUGGAUGGAGUUCUCAAUGUUAAUAAACUGCCACAAUCAAAUAGCCUGGCCUGCCAUACAACUUUCUUGUUAAAUUCUAUCAGAAAAAAAAUCUGUCCGGUACUGCUUUCUUUGAAUAUAAGGCUAAAUGGCAGGAAGUAAACCCAAUUGCAAAUGAGUCACAUCUACUUGUUCAUAUUUUCCCAUCCAGCAGCCAGUUUCUGUGGUUUUAAGGACACGCCAAGGUCUGUCAAAAGCGCAGCAUUAGACAGCGUAAUCAAAUGCAGCCACCAUGGUAACAGGAAGCAAUCAAACCUGUAUCUGUGCAGUACCAGACAGACCUCUGUAGAAUGCAAUGAAAGCCGUGAGGAUAUCCAGGCUCACAAACCAAUGAAGUCAAACAGGGUUCUCUAGUUGUCUCUAAGUUCACUGCUCCUGCUAUUUGUCCCUCUAAACUAACAGUUACAUUGGUUGAUUUAUAUUUUGACUGAUUUGACUUGUAUGCAAUUUCAUAAGAAUGUUUCAAUGUUUAGAAUAGCUGAAUGUACUGUAUAAUAAACACUACGCUAGCAGUUAGCCCACAUAUUCUAUUUUUCUUAUUAUUUUCUUUAAAUGUUUUGUGCACAGCAAGCAAAAACUCUUCAUCUGACGGGCAUUGUCCGUAUAUUGUGUAUGUACAUGUUACACUGGCUACUUUGCUAAGUGUGUGCACACUUAUACUGGUCUAUUGACCAGAGUUCAGUAGUAAACAUCACUACGACUGGUCCAGUUACUAGCCUUUUCAGCAAACAUGUUGUGCAUAAUUUCUUUUAGAAAGUUGGGGCACUUUUUAUGUUACAAAAUUUAGAAAUAUUUUAUAUUUGCUAAAUCUUCAGCCUGCCUGUUAAAGAGCAUCAUUAUCAAGAAGACGGGUUACUCUAUAUUUGUAAUUUAGAUAAAGUAUACUAUAUAAGCCCUGUAUAUUACACUUAAGAACCAGUCUGAACUGAUGCUGUCUGUUGAUGUCAUAAGAGAUGUGUUCAAUGAUUUUUCAACCAAAAUAGUGUUGUCCUCUUCACUAAUGUCCUGACAGUAACUCCUGAUUAUCAUACUGCUGCUGAGCAAACCAAAUCUCAUUGUGAUCUCAAGAAUCAGAUGUUUUUUUUUUUGCCAAAGCUCUUGCCUUUCCAACUCCAAUCUUUUGCAUGUUUAGCCAUGAUCAGAAGUUUUGUUUUGAUUUCUCCUGGUCCUGUCGUCCACCCCUUCAAUCUAAACUUGUAAAUACAUGUAGUCUCAUGGUACAAAUUAAGGGAGUGGAGUAUUCUUGAAAUUCAUAAUGGAAAAGUAUAUUUAUUUUAGUCUAGCCUUUCUCCCUUAGCCUUCUUUAAUAUUUUGUUUGGUUGUAAGUUAAUUUGCAUGUUGAUUAUGUUUUUGAUUUUGAUUUGAGCAGGUUGUCUUUUUUUCUCCUUGAUUAUGUGUACUUCUUUUCAAUGCCUUCUGAAGCAAAAGCAGAUCAGACCAGUUUCACUCUGAAGUGUCUCCAGCCGGUUAAAGCAGUAAUGUUUUGAUACACUGUACUGUUAACAGUCAGAGAUAUGCUUUUUUCUAACAUUUUAACAUUUAUGAUUACCAAUACUUUGUACAUCUUUAUUGCAAUAAAUAAAUAAUCAGUAAA